ACUGACUGAAUGACUGGAGAUUAAAGGUAGAAAUUUAUGUUCUUUUUGUUGUUAUAAGAUGCUGUUUUACCAGCAUCAGAUAAUUUUUUAUUAAGACCAAUCUAGAAAUUCCAUUGCUUUGCAUUCCAUUAUUGUUAGUUUUCUACAAACACACAUGUUACAGGAUUUAUAUUUUUAUCAAUUUUGAGUAUGUCAUAAAACAGAUCUGAGAUAGGAAUCUGGUGAUAACAAUACACCCAUUAUUAAUGAGGGAAGAAGGGAGGGAGGUUAUUGGUCAAUUUAAGAAUGGAGAAAACUCUCUUUCUCCCUUCUCCUCGUCCGCAAAAGUGGCAGAAAGAGCGGCAGAAAAUGAGAGAUUCAGUUGGGUUGGAGAAAGGGUCAGGGACUCUGACAAGGAUUUUCAGAAAAAUUAAAAAAAUUAAAAAAAAAGAGUGAUUUUUACACCACCAUUUGCUUCUCUUAACAAAUCAUUUCUUAUUCUGAUUCUCUUCUCUCUCUCACCCGUACUCUCUCUGGGUAACCGGAAACAAACACUUGUCUGCCUUUUUGAUCCCAAUCCACACCUCCCUUUCCUCCAAUGGGAAUCCUCUUCCUCUUUCUCCUUUGACUCCCCUUUACAGCAAUCCCAUUCCUUUCUCAGAUCCAGAGUGGAAGGAGAUCUGAUGGCUCUUUUUCUUGUUGGGUAUUGAAAAAUCUCAAUUCUGAUUAAGCAUAUAUAAUAUAUAAUAAUACUACUACGUGAAUCACAAUGGAUGAUAAUAAUGGGGGAAGCAAGUUGACUGGAAUCAGGCAGAUUGUGAGAUUGAAGGAAAUUCUCCAAAAAUGGCAAGCUGUCACUCUUGGGGCAAAGGCUAACACCAAUAAUGAGUAUUCCCCCGCCCCUACUGUGGCUGAGCAAACCCAAUCUCAAUUGCAGCAGCAUGGUGGCAUUUCACCAGCAAUUACCCAGAGGCUGAAAAACGCAAACAUAUAUUGCGAUUCGGACGAGGAGAGUUGUCACAGCCCCGAACCGCCUCACGGUGUUCCAAGAGGGUACUUGGCGGUUUACGUUGGUCCCGAGCUUAGGAGGUUUAUAAUUCCGACGAGUUAUCUGAGCAACCCUGUGUUUAAGGUGUUGCUGGAGAAGGUUGAGGAGGAGUUCGGGUUUGACCACAGUGGAGGCCUCACUUUCCCCUGUGAUAUAGAGACCUUCAAGUACCUCCUCAAAUACAUGGAGACCCAUUCCACCACCCAAGAACACGACUCCUCUAACUCCUCCUCCUCCGCUGGAACAUCUAUCCUUUAGCCACUGACGAAUGGAAACCCGGUGGAGUGUUAGUGUUCAUGAUGUCGAAAUUUUAAGGCGCCAUUGAAAAGACAAGGUCUGUCUUGUCUCUUCAUUAUAUAACAGAUUCCUUUCUUGUUGUUUACAUAUUUAGAUUGAAGAAGAUGAAGUGGUUUAGGCUAGAUUAUUUUUUCUCAUCAUGUUGAAAUUCACUUGAGGACUUCAUAUUCAUUAUUAUAUAUACUGCGCGCCUAAAUUUGUUCAAAGACUUGUUUGUGAAAGCAUAA